UCGUUCCCUAGUAUCUCCACACACACAUUCCCCUAGUGCCCGCAGUGCUCAUGCUGAUAAGCAGAGGGAGCGAGAGAGAGAGGCAGAGCGCGUCAGCUGUUCAAUGUUUUGACUGUGUGCGCGCACAGGUUUCGCUUGGGUCGCAGCUUCGUUCUUCGAUCAGUUCCGUUCGUGGAAGGGAACCGCUCGUUCUACUGGCCUUAGCAAGUUCCGCAGGUCCGCUGACCACCAACCGAGCCGCGUGUGCUGCGAACGUUCUUCGGACGUAUAGUUGGCUUUUCCACGUCGGGGCAAGGAGCGCGGCCGCUGACGUCUCGCUCUGACGUCCGUACCCUCGCCACCCCCAGUAGUCCGCCCUUGUACGCGCGCGUGUGUGUGCGAUUAUUGUUAUUAUUGUGCUUUGUGACGCAUUAAAAUAACGGCAAAAGCGGGGCGUGUUUGCCAGUAGAGAAGCUCCGGAAAAAGCGCCAAUCGGACAGGUGUCGAUGGCGAAAAGCUCGAGGUGUCGAGCGUAGUAAACAAAUCAAAUACUGACACCGCGCUAAGCCUCAAUCAAUUCAAGAAGCGCUGCAAUUAGCGAUUUGAUUAGGAGAACUUAAGAAACACCAGAUCUCUAAAGUAUUAUUAAACGUGCUAAACACGCAACAAAUCCUAGGCUUCGUUUACAAAUCGUUUGACCCGCGUAUUCGUUUACAGAGCUAUGGAAAAUCCCCAGCCCCGCGGAAGAAGGGCCAGCACCAGCAUUUAAUUGCCAUUGCUGCGCCAGAGACAUUAAAAAACCAUUAAAUGUGCCGCGUCACCAGCAGCUAAAACUGUGAACGCCAAACUGUUUCGAGCGCACGAGUGAAGAAUUUGCAUAGGCAUCCCCCGGCACUCGGUGAAAAUGAUGCUGAAUAAAUACGAAGGAUUCCAACGCACAAGCCAAAUGUUUCCCCACCAACAGCAGCACCAGCUGCCCCAGCUGCAGCAGCAGCAACCGCAGACACUGUCGCUGCCCCACAACUUCCCUCACCUGCAGUACGGAGCAGGAGCGGUCGCGCCGGCAUGCCCCGCUGAGUCCACGGCGGACCUGCUGAAGGCGGAGCGCGAGUCCAUCCACUCCGGACAGUUCAUGGUCUCGCACUUCGAAGCUGAGGAGGCGCAGGACGACCUCGAGGACGACGGUGAGGUGAAGAUGCUGGACCCCGAGGAUCCCGAGCUAGGCAAGCCGGGCGAGCCGGCCAACACGUGCCGCGACGUCCAGCUGUACGUGCCUCAGACGGUGGCCCACUUCAGCCCCAUGGACCAGGAGGGCGACGAGAGCAGCAUGAGCAUGGUGGCAUCGCACCUAGAGAUCGAGACCUCGCUUACCAAGCUCUUCAAGUGCAUGAAUCUGGCCUACAGUCAAAAACUCACAUCUCCCAAAUGGAAUCAUUUCAAAGGAGUUCGACUUCGUUGGAAGGACAAAAUCCGUCUAAACAAUGUCAUUUGGCGUUGCUGGCACAUGCAAUUCAUACAAAAGCGCAGAACCCCGGUGUGUCAAUUCGCAUCGCCGCUGGACGUUGACAUACAUAGUAAUCCUCAAACUGUUGUUCUUGAAGGCAAGUACUGGAAACGUCAUUCAGCUGUAAUCAAAGCUGAGUACAGAAAAUGGCGCAGAAACUAUAGAUCGAAGGCUACGGGCUGCUUAACGUACGAUUCGAAAAGCGAGUUGGACUUUCUGGAAUGGUCGCCGCUUAACGAUAGGAACUUGAUGCCAGACGACUGGACAACGGACACUUUGUUCUCGGCUAUAAAUGUUCCAUUUCCGUUUCCUGAUUCCAGAGAAAUUGCACGUGGCGCUGGCAUCGCGGACUUUAUUCAACCUAGUUUGGGGCCGUUGCAACCGAAUUUAGAUGACAUCGACAUUACCUUCUCAGACCUAAUAUCCACCACACGCUUGCCACCUGUUCCAGAGGAGGGAACCGACGCCGAAAUGCUCAAGAACGACGAGUACUGCCUGUCGGCCAUUGUGGGGGCACCCCACACGCUCUACUGCAACGACAGUGUAAUGGAUGUGGUGAACAGCAGCAACGGUGGCGCCGGGAAUGUGGACGCAAGCAUGCUGGAGCUCAACACUCCCAUCAAUAGCAUGUCGUACAGCGAGGUGGAGCAGCGGUUCUCGGUGGCGAGACAGGUGCAGCAGCCGGCCACCGAUCCUCAACUGCUCGGGGACCCCAGCUCGAUGCCCGCCAGGAUGCACGGCGGCAAGCACUUCGGGGCUGUCGGCGUCGGCGACAACAGCAGCAAUAGGUGCAUCAUCAACGGCCGCGUGGCUAAAAGCACUCAACGGCCGUUCCGGCGGGAGCCGCACAACUACGACAAGGCUCAGCCCACGCUGCACCAGACCAACCUCUACCAGCAGAUGCUGGCCGAGCAGCAAAAGAACCAGCAGCAGCAGCACGUUGUCGGCGGCGUAGUGUUGCAGGCUUCCUUUCAAUCCCAGCAACAGCAACAACAGCAGCAGCACCAGCCGCAGCAGCAGCAGCAGCAACUCUCGCAACAGCAACAUUUUCCGACUCAGCAGGCGAACGCCUUCAACAACCAAAGUUUCAUGAGCGGUUACUCAGACAACUACCAGCAGCAGCAGCAGCAGCAGCAUCAGCAGCAACUGAACGUCAAGGUCGAGCCCCUGCAUGCUGACGUGUUGUCGUUGCUGAACGACGGAGGCUACAACUCCAUUGGCUACAAGCCCUAUCCGCAGUUCAAGAAGUCCGCCUCGACGGGAACCUUUCUCAAUGUUCCCCGGCUGCCGCAGCAGCAGCAGCAACUGAGCUAUUUGCAGCAGGAGCCCCCGCAGAUGCAACAGUCGCUGCCCCUGGGUCUGAGCACUCAGCAACUUCUGCAGCUUUCGCGCCAGCAGCAGGCCAGCAACACACAGCAGACACUGCACCAAUCGACCGUGGCCAGUUUGCUGCAGCAGCCGCAACAGCAGCAAAGCCAUCAGCAACCGCAGCAACAACAGCCCACUGUCAGCACAGCCACCUGGGUGUCGCCGAACACCGUUUUGCCAAAGGAAAUCCAUCGCUCAAAUAGCUUGCCCCUGAACGUCUCGCUGAACAAGCUGCCCGACGGCCGACAGCUCAUCCACGAGCAGCCCUUCGCUGUGCCCAAGUACCACGCCAAGGGCAAGUCACGGGUGCGCAGCAACUCGAUGCACCAGCAGCACACGUCGGUGGUGGCUGCCGCUGGAGCGGGAAGCUCCUCGUUGGGCUCGCACAGCUGCAGCAACCUGGUGGCCGCGCAGCAGGCCACCAGCGACCCCAUGCUUAACAGCACCCUGGCCCAGUUGCUGACUUCGAAUUCUCGCCUGCAAACAGCGGUGGCAAACAGUUCGCCCUCAAACUCGUCUGCCGCCAGUGCCAUAGCCACCACUAGCAACAGCAGCAACGUGUCUCCGGCCCUGUACGCCAACGUCACAACGCCGCUGUCGGUUCCGGUGCCAACGCAGCAACACUCACCAAAGAAGUCCUCCUCGUUGCCCAUGGCCAUCAACCCCGCGUUGCACAGCCCGCCAGGAGGAAGCAGGAUGCACAGCUUUGGGCCCACUACGGCUAACCUGGGCAGCAACAGCCUAAGCUUGUCUCCUGACUCGCCGUUCCACGAGUCCCAGGACUCCCCGCUCUCCCCCACGGCCAGCCUCAAGUAUCAGCCUAGGGACACACAGCGGCGGGCCGGCCACAUCCACGCCGAGCAGAAGCGGCGGUACAACAUAAAGAACGGGUUCGACACUCUGCACGCGCUCAUCCCACAGCUGCAGCAGAACCCCAACGCCAAGCUGAGCAAGGCGGCCAUGCUGCAGAAGGGAGCGGACCACAUAAAGCAGCUGCGCCAGGAGCGCAAUGUGCUGAAGGACAAGAUUGAGGCUCUGCGAAUGGAGCGGGACGAGCUGAACAACUCGCUGACGCACCUUCACUCCAUUCUGCCUGCAAAUGGGGCGCCUGUAACCAGGCAGGGCACGGAGCAUGUGAGGCAGCUAUACGAGAUAUAUGUGCGGUACAAUACGGUGAACGACUGGAAGUUUUGGAUUUUGGGUCUCAUUCUGGAGCCUUUACUUGCCUCCUACACAUCAACAGUCUCGAGCGCUAGCCUUGACGAACUUCGUCGCACCGCCUUCCUGUGGGUGGAUCAGCAUUGCUCCUUGAUUGAUCUGCGACCCGCUGUUACGAAUAAAUUAAAGUACCUAUCUAUGCACACGGACAUUGUGUCAGAUCCACCAAGCACGUUGCAGGAGGAGGUGGCCAAGGCCCUCCAGAUUUCUAGUGGCCAGCAUCCCAACCUACAUGGCCCCUAACCGUUGAUGCUGAUGUCCGUGAUAUGAAUUUAUUUAAUUCAAUCUUUAUUUAACAUAUAACUCCAACAAAUUGUGCAGCACUAAUUGUACAAAUCGCAAAUUAGGCAGAUUUUUAUACUAGAGAUUGGCAGCCGGCAAUAGAGAGAUACGCAGAGCAGCAAUUAGUGCCUACAAUCUUUUACUUAAGCGUAAAAUAAACUGACGAUUUUACAAGUUUUGACCUAA